AGCACACCAUUUCAGAGAACACACUCCUCACUCUUUCCCACCCCUCAGGAGACACCACCUUCCUCCCUCUGGAAGACAGAUCUUGUGAGCUGGCUGUCACCUCUCAGAGCUCUUGUAUUUUUACGAAAAGACUACAAACCAACGUGAGAGGCUGCCUAAGACUGGGAGGUGGCUCCACAGUGCCACAGUGGCUGUAGACCUUGAAUGGAAAGACCCUCAGGAGCCCACCAGGGAGAAGACCCAUUUCUAACCUGGAUCCUUGAGAUGGGAAGAUUCACCUUUAACCUGGGUCACACCUUCUGCUGGUAGCCUGGAUAAAGGGACAUGGAAGAAGGAAGUUUGCUCUCUUUGCCUCAUUACUCUCAUUCUCACUGUCAAGUGCAUUCCCUUCACUGGCAUUAGAGCAUAUCUCUUCAGGAUUCCAGUGUAUACAACAGACCAUCUGAGACAUCCAGAUUCAUGGACCGAACAACUACUGGACUUCCCAUUGGCAAACAAGCAUAGUUGGACUGACUGAACCAGAAACGAAAAAAAAUGGAAACACGUCAGAAGGUUGUAACAGGUGGAAAGAAAGAUGGUGGCACCUCAGGGGCAGGGCCACUGAGGAUCCUCCUGGUGGGCAAAUCUGGCUGCGGUAAAAGUGCCACAGGGAACAGCAUUCUCCGACGACCAGCAUUUGAAUCCAGGCUCAGAGGCCAGUCUGUGACCAGGACCAGCCAGGCAGAGACGGGCACGUGGGAGGGGAGAAGCAUCCUAGUGGUAGACACGCCCCCCAUCUUUGAGUCAAAGGCCCAGGACCAAGACAUAGAAAAGGACAUUGGAGACUGCUACCUGCUGUGUGCCCCAGGACCCCAUGUGUUGUUGCUGGUGACCCAGCUGGGACGCUUCACAGCUGAAGAUGCCAGGGCUGUGAGGAUGGUGAAGGAGGUCUUUGGGGUAGGGGUCANGAAGCACAUGAUCGUCCUCUUCACCCGCAAGGAAGACCUGGCAGAGAAGUCNUUGGAAGAGUUUGUGACCCACACUGACAACCGCCGCCUGCGCAGCCUGGUUCAGGAGUGUGGGAGGAGGUACUGUGCCUUCAACAACAGGGCCUCUGGGGAGGAGCAGCAGGGGCAGCUGGCAGAGCUCAUGGCCCUGGUGAGGAGGCUGGAACAGGAGUGUGAGGGCUCCUUCCACAGCAAUGACCUCUUCCUUCAUGCCGAGGCGCUCCUUAGAGAAGGCUAUGGUGAGCACCAGGAAGCCUAUAGGUGCUACCUGGCCAAGGUGAGGCAGGAGGUAGAGAAGCAGAGGUGGGAGCUGGAGGAGCAGGAGGGCAGCUGUGCCCUCAAGGUCCUCUCCAGAAGCAAAAGGUCGGAGGCGUUGCGUUCUGAUUUUUGUUGGGGUUUGGUGUUGUCCAUAUCAAUCUUCUUUAUUAUUUCUCUUCUCAUAUUUUAUAAUGUUUGAUGCUCUGCAUUUUAUUGUGGGUUGGGAUCACCCAAAAAUAUUGUUUUCUACCUAUGGGGGAGAAAUGUGUAAAGUGUGUCCUAGUGUUUUUAAUUGUUAAUUAAGCUAGCAACAGGCUAGCAGGAUAUAUAAAGGCAUGUCACUUCCUGCCCACCUCCAAAAGAAAGGCAAGCUGGGGAUCCGGCAUCCGGUGCCUUUCCCUGCCCGAGGAGGGGUGUCUGCCCAGGAGCAGUC